AAUUAAAUGAAUAAAUAUUUAAUUGCAGUCAUAGCCUUGCUGUUGGUGACUAGCAGCGCUUUCAAAAUUAGAGUCGCUCAAGGAAAUGGACCAGGUAAUGGACAAGGAAAUGGACCAGGAAACGGACAAGGAAAUGGACCAGGAAACGGACAAGGAAAUGCUUUCGGAUUAGGAAACGGCAAUGGAGCUGGAAACGGUAAUGGACAAGGUAAUGGACUUGACACUGCUCCAGGACAAACUGAUUUCACUCCUCCAGGAUUAGACAACGGAGUUGUCUCAGAUUCUACCGAUGGUACUAACACUGCUACUCCAGUCGAUGGUUCUGCUACUCCAGUUGACGACACAGCUGCUCCAGUUGGCAACACUGCUAUUCCAGUCGAUGGUUUUGCUGCUCCAGUCGAUGGUUCUGCUGCUCCUGUUGAUGGUGUUGCUGCUCCUGUUGAUGGUGUUGCUGCUCCUGUUGAUGGUGUCGCUGCUCCAGUUGAUGGUGUCGUUGCCCCAGUUGAUGGCACUGCCACUCCAGUUGACGAAGACAUUACUGCUCCAGUUGGUAAUGAUUCAACUCCACCCCCAGCCGAUGAUGAUAGUGAUACUGGAUUGUUCGGAGGACUCUUCGGUGGAGACAACGAUGAUAAUAACACAGGCUUAUUUGAAGAAGAUGAAGACGAAUCAGAUCUUUUGGCUGAAGAAGAUGAUUCUGGAGCCUUAGGCGGAGAUGCUCUAGGAGAAGACGAUGAUGAUGUUGUUGGAGAUGAUGGUGAUGACCUCGGGGAUGAUGACCUCGGAGACGAUGACCUCGGAGAUGAUGACCUCGGAGACGAUGACCUCGGAGACGAUGACCUCGGAGACGAUGACCUCGGAGAUGAUGACCUCGGAGAUAAUGACCUCGGGGAUGAUGACCUCGGAGAUAAUGCCCUCGAAGACAAUGACGAAGAUGAUGAUCUCUCAGGCGACGACGAUGGUGAUGAUCUUGGAGACAACGAUGAUGAUGACCUUGUAGACGACGAUGGUGAUGACCUUGGAGACGACGAUGAUGUUCUCGGAGACGAAGAUGAUGUUCUUGGAGGAGAUGAUGAAGAUCAAGAUGAUAACGACGAUGAUGUUAAUACCAGCGAAUAAUCAAACAAUUAUGUUGCGAAACAUAAAUGUAAUAAUCUAAAAAUUCAAAUUACCCUGUCUUUCACGCACUAGUUUUAGGCGUGAGCUCUGUUCCCUGCUUCUGGAGCUGUAACCUAGGAAUUAAGAAGAGUUAAGAUCAUUCUUUUUGAGCUCAAAUAAUUAGAUUCUAUUGUUUAUUUUUUGGUGCCAGAUCAUUAAAUUUUUAAAUUUUUAGUAUUUUGGCUAAAACUAGACGGAUCUUUGGCAAUCCAUUUGGCCAUUCUGCAUUCACCAUUUCUUCCCAAGGUAGGUAGGUCUACAGAAGGUAGGAAUGGGGGAAACUAAUUCAUAUUUAAGUAUAGCUAUUCUUGGUUUAAGUUAAAGCUUUGAUAUGCUCUGUUUUCGUGUUCAAUUAAAAUUUCUAACCGAGGAAAAUAUUCUUAGGAUCUGAAUUUUGAGAGAGCAUUCUUAGGUAUAGUUUUACUCAAUAGAACCCAGCCUGGCUUGUUCCCUGAUGAGCCCUAGUGUUGAUAGAUAUCUUUGGAAGCAAAGUUAUACCUUGCGAGAAGCCAGAGGCUUGCAUUUUAGUUAGGUCUCCAUUAAAAAUAGUAGUACAGUUUCUCUGACUCUUUUGAGAUCAUUGAGUAUCUUAUUGUAAGUAAAGCCAGGAAAAUGAGUAAGUUUGCCUGAUUUUUAGUAUUUUUAGAUGCUAGUAAUAUUCUCUUCUUUGGCAAAGAUCUUGUAUAUUGUUAAUUAAUAUCUAACUUUGAAUGGAAAUGGAAAACGAUGAGUAGAUAAUUCUUGUCUAGAUGUACUUUUGCAUUGCAUCAACUAGCGCUACAUUAAGCCUUAAUAUAAGAGCAAGUGUUGGAUCUGCAUAAGCCUAGAUUAACCAUAACUCUUUGCUCAUAGUCUUGCUAGAACUCUUUUACCAUUUCCAAAAAUGGUGU